GACUGAAAGUAACUCUUACAGCGGGAAAGGCUACUUCACAGCAGUUCUCUCAAGUCUUUCUUUUGUUGAUUUGGACGUUCAUUAAUUGUCUGUUAGGAGUGGAACUAACUGAGCCUGGGAGAGGAACGCAAAUUGUCCAAAGGUGACGUUUGGACAAUAAAAAGGGAAACUGGCUAGACAUUUCCUGUAGUAAAUGGAUUACACCUGACAACACAUACCAGAGGAUAUGAUUUUUUUCACGUUUUGAGGCUAUACCGUGUUUGUUUACAAUUACGAUGUUAACAAAUGUUGCCAUAAAGCAAGAUUAUAUUCUGGGUUCUGAUGGGGUACGACAGUUGAACUAAGCUUAUUAGGUAUUUUAAAAUUAUAUUCUUCUAGAAUCAAUGGCUUAGCAAGAACAUUACUGCUUUAUAAGUCCAAAAGUGGAUGUAGCCACUGCAGAUUGCGCCUUUGGAGUGAAAAUGGCCACAUCAAAAGAUCAAGAUGUCGAUAACUGUGAAACUAGCACUCCUGAACAGUCGAAUCCUCUGCUACCCCAGUUGUCACAACUUGAUGAGCUCUCCAACGUAAUUGAAAGGGCAGAACCUAGUGAACAGGAAUUGAAGACUUUAGUUUCACUUCUUCUGUCCCUUGGUGAUAAUAUCGAACGCGAUUUAAAACAACAGAACUUAAUGAUAGAUAGGCUUAAAGUCAUACAUACCAAAAUCAUGGACAAACUCAGUCCUGGUGAAAAGGAAGGUAGUAGUUUCAUCACUGGAACAAUAAGACAGUUCUACAAAAAGGCACUGGAUUCAGUAGGAACAAUCCUCACUAAACUGGCCAAAGAGAUUGGAGUCAACUAUUCAGAGUCAAAUAUGUGUCUCCAAAAAGAGUUUGGCCUUAAAACCGAUUGUCCAAAGGAAUGUUUGAAUUGCGACCAUAUAAAGAGCUCAAUGUCCUGGAUUCAGGUUGAACCCUUCGUGUCUACAGAGGAUGAGACCACCGUCUACACACUCGACUCUUCUACAGCAGGGCAUUACGAGUGCAUCUUAUCAGGGCUGCGGUGGGUAUGUGAGAGCAAAGUCAGUCUGCGAUACCAGUUCAGCUCCUGGGAGCCUCACAGGGCCACUCUGAACAACAUGCGGUUUGAAGAAGGAGGUCCAUUACUGGACAUCACAAUGAUUUCUGGCAAACUAGAAGAAAUUAGUCUGCCACACUUUGUCUGUAUAGAUCCAGACUACCCACAAUCCUCCUUGAGAGAAGACAUGAAGGUUCUACAUGUGAAAGACAACAGAGUGUUUGUGGAAGAAGUGGAUGAGGUGACGGGGUUCCACGCCAAACUGCUUCGUCCCUCCUUCUCUGGCAGGGGUUUGGUACUGAGACGUGGGUUGCAUUGGAGAGUGCACUGUGACCUUCUGAUCUUUAGGUCCACCAGAGCACUCCUCACCUUACACACAUAUCUGAUCCGAUGUGAUCCUUCUCUAGCACGGGAGGUGGAGGCACAGGAGAAGUCCUAUGGAUUCUUAAGACUUCCAAAGCCAAAGCCGGAGAAGUCCCUUCGGAAGGGGAGUCGCUUCACCCUCAAGACCUCGUGUCAAUCCUUGAUUACGCCAGAAAAGAUCAAGCUAAGAAGCACCAGGCCAAACUACUUUGAAGUGUACAUAAAGGACCCUGCGAUGGACUUUGAGAUGGAGUUGAUAAGUGAGAAGGGAGAAUCUGCAUGGAAAGCUGAAAUACGAACAGAGGAAUACAGAGAUGAUUCAUCCACAAGAGACAUUGAGUUUGUUGAUGAAUUCAGACCACAGAUCAUUCAAAGAGUCAAUAAUGUGUUUGCCAUAGCAGAUAUUCUCUUCACAAAGGGCAUGAUCGGUGAAGAGAUCAAUGCAAAUAUCAGCGCUGCACCGACCCGCCAGGCCAAGAUGAGAGUGAUAUACGAGGCACUGAAUUCAGGUGGACCACACGUCAAAGCUGCAUUCUUUACUGCACUCAAAGAAAAGGAACCCUUUCUAGUCAAAGACUUGGAUCAAUAAUACCUUAUCGCUCAAUCUCUAACACACCUCUACGAGACCAUUAUGCCUAGAGACUUUAUUGAAGCAUGUUCUCCUUCAGGACAGAGGCAAGAGGAGGAGUGAUGAGGAGAACUAUGAAAGAAGAGACUUUUCAGCUGUCAAGAAUAGCAGUCCAAGGCCCAGUUCUCUGUGACAUUUUAGUGACAGAGGGCAUGGGUAGGAAGGCCCCACCAGCACACACACACACACACACACACACACUCAUGAAGAGGUUUCACUUUCACUCACACAUGGAGCACAAAGAAGGAUGAACGUUGAGAGACAAUUGACAUUAAAGAAAAGAAGACACAUUUGAAAUGAACUGGGACUGGAAUUCUUUACAAUAAUAAAAGGGUAAAUAUGUUACAAGGUUGAAAACAUUGGGAAAUAUACAGUGGAAGAUAUUAAAGGGUGAUUAAAGAAAUGCAGUAAAAUGGUUAAGAAUGUUAUAAUGAUGGUUGUUUUUAAGGUAUAGUAUAUCUGGAACAUGUUUAAGAGUCUUGGAGGAGGUUGAUAUUGACAUGGUGUAAUGAUGAAAUGUUAUGUUUAAAAUGUUGGAUGUUUAAGAUGUAAUGGGAGUAAUAAAAUAGGUUGGAGUAAGAUUAGAAUUGAGUGGAAUGAGAAAGGUUCAUGUCUAGAAAUGAAUGUUUUAAAAGUGAAUGAUAAUGUGGUAUCCUAAGGGUGCUAGCUGGACUAGCUCCCCAGGUCAGAACAGCCAGGAGGAGGCAGGAAGAGGUACGCGUGCAGUUGAGGCAGACAUCCUGUCUAGGCAAGAGAAAAAUCCCCUUCUGAGAAAUGGCCGCAUUACAGUAGGUGUUAACCACUGAAUGCGUGCGUCAUCGGGGCAGAUCUAUAACCACCAUGAGUUAGCAGAAUACGAGGAGUGAAAGAGGCAAGAUUUUUGGGAGAGGUACGACUCUCUUUGAGCUUGCUAGAAGAACCUGUCUUCAGCUGGAGGAAGAUUUUGCUUAAAAUGCAUCAAUAUUUAUUCUUAGUGUUUAAGUAAAAUUCUAGGGGGAACACUGAAGGUUACCUCAUUGAUAGGAGUGUUAAAGUAGUUAGAGUUGUUAAACACCGACUGAAGGACUGAUCAUCCCGAGGGGGAAGACAAAAAACGCUUUAUAAAUUGUAAGAGAUGUUUUUUCUUGUUAUUAAAUACUGUGCUUCUCAUAAAAUUGUAAAAAGGACAAACAA